ACAAACAGGAACUAGAACAAAAAUAUUUCUAGACCGCGUCACUUUUUACUUUUUUAAAUUGUCGUAAAAACGUUAAUUGCGUAUAAAUAAAUCUCUAUAAUUGAACGAAAAGCUACUAACUAUUAACUGAGCAAUAGUAAUAUCAGUGUGUGAUCAUAAAAAACUAAAGGAGAUUGAAUAGGCAGAGGAUUGCGAAUUUAGACGUCAAGAAAAGGACGCCGACGCUAAAUACAAAUUAAAUUCCAGCACCCCUUCCAAAUUCCAGCAGAUCAUAAAGAUGAGCAAAGAUAUUUAUUACUCGGAUAAAUACUAUGAUGAAAAGUUCGAGUACAGACAUGUGGUUUUGCCGAAAGACCUUGUGAAGCUGGUACCCAAAACGCAUUUGAUGACAGAAACCGAAUGGAGAUCAAUUGGAGUACAGCAAUCACGCGGUUGGAUACACUAUAUGAUACAUAAGCCGGAGCCGCAUAUUUUGCUAUUUCGGCGUCCCAAAACGGAGGAGUAAACCCGUACAAAGGCACUUUGAAAACUAACUCCACACACACUCACAAACAUUCACAUGCAUACAAUACAUCUACUAUAUAAUAUAAGCAUACAUGGAAGCGUUACAGCUGACACGAUAGUGCAGUAGCGGCAGCAGCUGCGACUGCGCAAAAGGUGGUGCUGCGUGCAACUGUUGCAGGGACGGCGGUGGCGGCAACAACAACAACAAAAACCCACGCAUACAAAUACACACUCGUACACUUUACUCAUUUCUUUACAAUAUUCAUGCACACGAACACAGUCACGCUCACGCACACAACCCGGUUUCAUCCUUACGUACAACAAGUAUUAGAUUGCUUUGAGAUGCUCUAUGCAUUUUUCUUUUCAAAUUAGAGUUGCCAUAUUGUAUUUUUUGCCAUAUAUUUAAAAAAAAUUUUAUUCAUGCAUUCAUUCUAUGCUUAUUAGCUAUAGCACAGUGGGCUUUUUUAUUGUAAACAUGCUAACUUCUCGCGCAACGCAAAUAGCAACAAAAACAAAAAUAAAUAAAAUGAAAAGCGUUAUGAAAAUUGCCUGCACAUUUUCAUGUAAUAUUAAAUAAAAUAUGAUUUGUGAUCUUGAAAAAUUUUUAUCAAUACCUUAUAAUACGUUUAAACAUAAUAUAAAGUUAUAAAUAAAAAAAAAAAAGUAAAAAAAAAACAAAACAAAAAAAACAAAUAAAUACGUUUGUAAAAUACUUUUAGCAUUGAUUGCCUAAAGUUUUUCAAUACACCCAAUUAA